UCCUCGUGCGCGCGCUCGCAGCGCCAUUGGUGGAGAACAGCGUCCAUCGCCGCCGCGCGCGCCCGCCUCCUGCGCUGGACAAGUAUUCUCCUUUUUGGUGGCAUCGUGGUUGGUCGUCGCGGGAGGCUGCUCAAGUGCCGUCCCCGCCCGGAACAUUGCCCGGAACCGCAUCGCAACACUCCUCGAGUGUCCGCCGCCGAGGGUCCCACGCACGGAUUGGCCUACCCGACGAUGGCCAGCCCGCCUGCGGGUCGCGACGUCCGCCCAGAGUCGGCGGAGGCGAGCCGCCCGGAGCCUGCCUGCCUGGAGGCACAGAAAUGGAUCGAGGCAGUCACAGGGAAGAGUUUUGGAGACAAGGACUUCCGCAGUGCCUUGGAGAACGGCAUCCUGUUAUGCGAGCUUCUGAGUGCAAUCAGGCCAGGUCUGGUCAAGAAGAUCAACAGACUGCCCACCCCAAUUGCUGGCCUGGACAAUCUGUCAGUCUUCCUCCGGGGCUGCGAGGAGCUCGGCCUGAAAGGUUCACAGCUCUUUGACCCGGGAGAUCUCCAGGACACCUCCAUCCGAGCCAACCUCAAGGACUCGGACUGCAGCCGCAAACUGAAAAACGUUCUGAACACCGUGUUCUGGCUCGCCAAAGCGGCCGGCGGCUGCGCAUCCUACAGCGGACCCACGCUUGACCUCAAGGAAUUUGAGGCUCUGCUGGCCAACAUGAAGGUGGACAGCGACGAGGCGGCUGACGGCUCGCAGAAGCGCAGCGUCCGAGACAGCGGCUACGACUGCUGGGACUCGGAGCGCAGCGAUUCACUCUCGCCGCCCAGACACACUCGAGACAACUCACUGGACAGUCUGGACUCGUUUGGCUCGCGUUCGCAGCACAGUCCUUCUCCCGAUGUGGCCAACCGAGGAAACGUGGAAGUGUCAGGAAGAGACGGCGACCCUGAGGCGGACGGCGGCAGGAGGCCCGACGUGCAAAAGGACGACAUGUCAGCCCGGCGUGCGGCUAGCGGAGAGGCGCGGACCCCCGUCCUCUUCAACCAGUUCCUGCCCAACCGAAGCAACGCCGGCUUCUACGCCCUGAACGCAAAACGCAGACCUCAUGCCGAGGACAGAGAGCAGCGCAGUCCCGCCGAGGGCAAAAAGAGCGUCACCUGGGCGGGGGAUCACCAGAGCCAAAAAGAAAUUUGUGAGCGGACCAGGAUCGAAAGGUUGGAGAAGGCGGGCAUCAAAGCGUUGCCUGCGGCACUUCGCUACGGAAGCCCUUCCUCCCCUUCCACCUCCCCCACCCCGGAGAGACCAGCUUCCCCCAAUAUCAUCCUCCGUCGGGAUAACGACUUUUUGAACUCGCAAAAAUCCGCUUGGGACUCGUCCUCGGACAGCGGAGGCGAGGCGGAGGGCCAGAAGGUACCGGACAUUCGCAAAGAUGACCUGGCUUCCCGACGGGCUCCUCGGGGCCCGGCGGUGCCCAGGGUGCAUCCGUUUGUCAUGGCGGCACCGCUGCUCGAGUGCAGCAGCAAAGACCACCAACGCUGGGAAGGCAUCAGGCGAUCCUCUCAUAAAACGCUCAAGGACAUCAGCGAGCUUGAGCAAAUCCCCGACAUCAUUACUCGCCAAAAAGAAGACGAAGAGGAGGAGGAUGAGCGUGAAGAAGAAGCCGAGGAUGCGGCAAGGGUUAAAGCGAAACCCGACAAGCAGAUGGACGACCUGGCUCUCAGGCGAGCUCAGACUAGGCCACGCCCACUCUGCCGAGACCGACCAAUGAGCUUGACGUCGGCCCCCAUGAGCCAAGCUGAUGUGCAGAAGUGGGAGAGGCUCAGGAUGAGUGAACCCAGCGAGCCUGACCCGGUCCCCGUUUGUCAGGCUUGUCGGAAGAAAACGUACGCCGGUGGCAGACGGGGUCGUGUCAAGUCGGUGAGGUUCGGGGGCGUGACCGAGAUGGGGCGGCCGAUAGGCGUGCCCGAGUCGGGGUUGCUAGGACCACUCCGCUCUCAGGCGACGGUUGCCGUGCCGACCAUUGGCCUGGGCUCCCUGCUCUCAGAGCGGGAAGGCAGCCUCACAGAUGGAGGACAACCCAGUCAAGUGACCUCACCCGGCUCUCCGGAGGUUCCUCGCUCUCCGGCCGAGCUGGACGCUCGUCUUGCUCAGUAUGAGCGCAAUUUGAAGGAGGAAGAAGAGGAGGAGGACGAAGAGGAAAGGAUACCAGAUAUUCACAAAGAUGACAUGAUGGCGAGGCGAACUGGAGUGUUCCAUAAGCAAAGCGCUUCCUCGGCAUCUUACAACCGCUUCUUGCCUCUGCCCGCCUCAAAAUACAAGGCCCAGGUUACUGAUCCAGGCGCCAAGGAAGUGGACAAAAACAUCAGAGCGGAGGAAGGGAUAAUUCCCAUUGAACGUAGCCCACACAGUCCCGAUGAGAGCAAAAAUGACGAUGAUGCAAAUGAGCCUCUUGCGAACCCGAAGAAGGACGACAUGAUGGCUCGCAGGAAGAGAUGGAUCCAAAAAUCCAGUCCGGGCUUCAGGCAGUUUCUACCAGUGCCGGGUGUGCUUAAAAACAACACCGUCCAAAGUUGUGCUACAAAGCAGACAGCCAAGCGUGUGGAAAAAAUGGCAAGCGAAAGCGGUGGCCUCCGACCUCUCGAAAACCCGCCCAAGAAGGAGAUUGUGGACGAGCAAAAACAGAAGACUGCUAAUGUGACAAACGUGGCCUCUUCCCAACUGCGGCUGGAUGAUGUCCUCCCGCCUAGUGAGGAGGCGGGGUUAGGAAAGGUCAAUAAGACGGCGGAUCCGCCGACAACAAAAGCAUCUUGGGUGGGGGAUGAUGAUCUACCGCCAAUGAUGUUGAGCCGCCGAGUUGCUUUAAUGUCCGGGGACGCCGAGAGCGUGAGCAUGAGCGACAUGGUGGACCAGGACGAGGCGGGACACCUGCCGCAGCUCAGCCUGUCGCGUUACGAGCGCAUGCAAGAGCAGUACAACAACUUCCAAGACGAGGACGACCAGUGGCAAAGUGACUUGGCUCGUUGGAAGAAUCGCCGCCGCUGCGCCUCGCAAGAGCUAAUCAAGAAGGAAGAGGAGAGGAAGAGGAUGGAGAGGAUGAAUGGGGAGGCAGGUGACAAGAGGAAGAGCAUCAAGACCUACAAGGAGAUUGUGGAGGACAAGGAGCGGCGAGAGGCGGAGCUGUGCGAGGCGUAUCGCAGUGCGGCCACGCCAGAAGAGGCGGCCAUGGUCCUGCAACGCUACGCUCUCCGUUUCACCAUCAGCGACGCUACGCUGGACUUCCUAAACCUGCCCCGCCCCGCCGCAAACCCCGACGCGACCCACAAAACCGUUUGUGAAGACUCCGAGCCAGAAUCAACACGGCGGAAGACGUGUGAAGACUUACGCAGGAGGGCGGAAAAAGAUCCUCCAACCUCAGAACCUCCGCCAUCCCCGAAAAGCCACCAACCUCCGGCUCCAGCGUCUCCCAGCAAACCAGAAGCAGCGACCAAAGCAGUUGCAGAACCCCGACCUAAACCUCCAAAACCUAAACCCUCUCCAAAGCCCGCGCUUCCCUCGACGCUGCCGCCACCGCCCGUCAAACCCGUCCCCCUGCUGGCGGCCAAGCCUUAUCGCCAGCCGAGCAGCACACACGGAGUCAAGAUGGACGGCCUGGUGCGUGUCAAUGGCGACACGGAAACUUCGCCGCUGCGUUCGCCGUCCGAGAAGAAGCUCCUGGUCACACAAGCCGAGAAGGAGAUAUCUUCUACGUCGGAGACGCGAGACACGUCGCCUCCUCCCCAGCCGGCGACGGCUUCCUCGUCUUCCUCAUCCUCCUCGGCUUCCUCGUCCUCCACCAUCAGCUCGCUGUUCAGCGGGAGGAACUGCGUCACCAAGACCACCAUCGUUACCGAACUCACUCAGACGCUGGUGGAGCCGGACGCCGCCGACAUCCACGGCCACAGCCAGGUGACCGUUGAGAAACCGGCAGAGGGAAAGCCGUCUCUGUCGUCGUCAUCAUCGACUUCGAUAACCAGCACGCAUUGUCCCAGUGUUUCGGAAGGCCAAGACGAGAGCAGUAUGAGCAUUGAGACCCCCAUGUUGAACUUGGCUAAGCGUGUUAAUCACUGGGUCUGGGACCCCAAUGAGGAGCGUAAGCGCGUGGAAAGGUGGCAGCAGGAGCAGGAGCGCUUCCUAAAGGAGCAGUACCAGAAGGAGCAGGAGAAGCUGAAGAAGGAGUGGGAGAAAGCGCAACUGGAAGUACAGGAGGAGGAACGCAAGCACAAUGAAGAGGAGAGGAAGAUCUUGGAGGAGACUGUAGCGCCCCUCAGUCCCUGCGUGAGGACUACGUCGCCACCUGCUGGUGACAAAACAACGAGCAUCCCCCUGCAACAAAACGGCCACAAAGACACCAAAGGAAGUGAAGAGCAGCAUGCGUCCAGGCUGCAAUUUUUGCAAGACGCCGUCUACGAUUCCAAGCCAGCCAAGAAGUCGGUAAUGUGGAAGACGGCCUCUUUGGACCGGAACACACAAGCAAACGCACCGCACGGCGUAAAAAGGUGCGAUUCCCACGAUGGCAUCGCCGGAACGCAGCAGCCAUCUUCACCCUUGCCUCCGUCGCCCAGCAGGUGCGUUAGCGGAAAGAGGCAAUGCUCCGGUUGUUCUCAGCCGCUGGGAAAAGGAGCAGCGAUGAUCAUCGAAACGCUCGGGCUCUACUUCCACAUGCAGUGUUUCAAAUGCGGCUUGUGUGAGGGGCAGCUUGGCGAUGCCACCACUGGGACGGACGUGAGGAUCCGUAAUGGGCUGCUGAGCUGUCACCACUGCUACUUGGCAACCAGAGGCCAAGGACAACCCACCACACUAUGAUGAUCUGACGGCCCCCUCCCGACAAACAAUCCUCAUCAUAUAACUUGACUCAAAUAUCUAUGAGAAUUCCAAACAUACUCCAUAGUGUGUUUGUAAGCAUGACCAGCAUAUUUAUGACUAGACAAGCACAAUAAAUCAACUGGAAUAACACGUAUAGUGACACCUCCACAAUAUUACGAUAUAGUGUGGGUUCACUGUACUAAAACUGGAAUAAUACACAGUAUACAUUACAAGACUGUAACUUUCUUUUACGUAGUUAGCGUGACCAUUUUAAUGCCUUACCUUCUCUCCCAUCUUUGUUUUUACACUUUUGCAUGAACAUAAGUUAUUGCAAGUAUGAGUUUGUCAUUUAAGUUUGUCGUACGUCUUCGUCCAUAUGCAUGUUGGCUUUGAGCUCUUUUCCCUUUAAGCCGUUUCAACCAGUGCCUUAAUUCAGUGUGUGUGUGUGGGGGGGGCGGAUUACACAUGGACCUCAAAAUGUGUGUGUGUGUGUGUGUGUUGUGACAUGAAGUGAAAAAUUCCAUACCAGCAAGCAAAGCGAGUGGAUCAGCCUCUUGUGCAUCCUGUUCUCUCUUAUAGAGCGUAAACCAAUGACACGUAUGUAAUACCUGCUGCUUCCCUCUUGAUUAUUUUCUAACAGCAUUUCAUAACAUCCUAUCAUGCGCUCUUCAACACAAGUGUUGCCUCCAUUUCAUCUGGCCGAGGAAUGCCCUGCUCGCCGUAUUUUAUAGCCACUGUAUGUUUGUCAAUAAAGAUGUCAAAAAAAAGGUUGUCCUUAA